AAAAUCACACACAGACAGUCCAGGGGCAUGACAGUUUACUCCCCUCCCGAAAGGCGCAUCCUCGCGCCGCAAGAACAACAAAUAGUGGGACAAGUGGGAACGGGUGAAGGACGGACACCCAGAAGGAGGAUGGCAAUAGAGUCUAGGAGCCAGGGAGGUGCCAGAAGGUACUUUGACCAGGUAGAACCAGACGGGACCCAAGCCAUAGCCUCCUUCAAUGAAGCCUCUUUGAACUGAUGAAUUACUGUCCACUUACUUGUUACACAACACACAACGAAAUAUGUCGAUUCCAAAUUAUCCAGCUCCUCAAACCAGUUGCUCAACAUUCCUUAACUUGGUGUGGUAGGACAGGGAGGAGGCACAGGUGUAUAAGAGUGUGCUCCUGUGUGAUGGGAUCAGUGUUCGAGUUCUCUGCGCAUGUGCAGGACUGACUUCUCAGGAUGCUGCUGUCACUACUGCCACUGCCACUGCUGCUGCUGCUGCUUCAAUCCUCUGAAAUGAGUGGAGCCACCAAUCCCAUAUACCUGGUGACAGUCACAUCCCAGGCAGUGAGUGGCAACACAGAGACUCUGUGUGCACAGAUCCACGAGCCCAAAGAGACACUGUCUAUAGUGGUAACUUUGAAGAUUGACAACAGCGACCUGACCAUUCUACAACAGGGCUUCAUUAAAAAAGAUUUCUACAGAUGUGUUCCUUUUAAGGUCCCUGUAGUCACUGUAAUGUCUGUGGCAUCCAUCGAUGUUGCAAUCCUAGGGGCUGAAACAUCCCUGAAGAAAACAACUAAGAUCCUCAUAAAUCCCGCCCAAAAUCUUCUCUUCAUCCAAUCAGACAAGCCUAUCUAUAAGCCUGGACAAACAAUUAAAUUUCGAAUUGUGUCUCUGGAUUCCAAUCUCUUGCCUCACAAUCAAGUGUUUGGAACUGUAGAACUCCAGGACCCUAAUUCAAACCGCAUUGGUCAGUGGUUGAAUCAGACCACAAGGACUGGCAUUUUGGAUCUGUCCCACUCCAUGUCUCCAGAAGCCGCUCAGGGUUUCUACACGAUCGCUGCUUGGGAUGAUAGGAACCAACAAAUAUCACACACCUUUGAAAUCAAAGAAUAUGUUCUGCCAAAAUAUGAAGUGAACAUCAAUUUUCCAUCCAUUAUAACCUUGGAGGAGGAAGAGGUCACUCUGACAGUUUGUGCAAAAUACACUUAUGGCAAGCCUGUGCUGGGGUCUGUGAUUGCUGAAGUGUGUGGGCCCAGCUAUGAUUACUAUAAGAGGAGACCUCAUUCUGAUUCUGACUUGUUUAACGCAUGCAAGAAAUAUUCAAUGAUGACUGACAAGACUGGCUGUGGGUCUCAAGUGAUACAUGUGAAAGAAUUUGACAUUAGUUCCAGUGGGCAUUUUACCGUGAAUUGUAAUGUGGAAGAGACCGGAACCGGGAUAACUGUGCAGGAUUCUGCCUCAGCUGAGUUUACCAGGAGUUAUGUCAGUGUUAAAUUUGAGGACACACCAGAUACAUACAGGCCUGGCAUGCUCUUUAAUGGAAAGUGUGUGGUCACUGAUUCAUAUUCCAAACCAAUGAUAAAUGAGUCAGUGGUUGUAUAUGCAUAUUACGGUGAUAAAAGUGUCAGCGUGGCCCUGAAGACAGACAUCAGUGGUACUGCCCACUUCUCCUUCAACACUCUGGAUUGGUCAGAAAAAUCUGUGCAAUUACAGGUCCAUCAUAUGGGAGAACAGACUUAUUUUCAGGAUUAUGCACAUUACCCAACAGCCUAUUUCUACGUAAAACCCUUUUACUCCAAAAGCAAAAGUUUCCUGAUGUUGACGAAGGCUCAGGGGAAGCUCAGCUGUAACAGUGAUGCUACAGUGACGGCCAGUUACAUCAUUCAGGGCAAUGCAUUGAAAACAGGCCAGAAAACCUUGGACUUCUUCUACAUUGUCUUGUCCAGAGGCAGCAUGGCUCAAAAAGGUCGUCUUUCUGUGAGCGUGAAUGCGGAGAAAGAAAACACAGGAGAACUGGCUUUCACAUUGAAGAAGACGGCAGUUCUGACUCCAUACGCUCAGGUGGUGGUUUACACCGUUCUUCCCAAUGGAGAAGCUGUAGCAGACAGAAUGGAUUUCCCCAUUGAAGAAUGUUUGCCAAACAAGGUGUCCUUAAAGUUCUCGUCUCCCACUGAACUACCUGGACAGAAGACAUCUCUUAACCUGGAAGCCAGCCCUGGCUCCUUGUGCUCCGUGCGGGCCAUUGAUCAGAGUGUGCUGCUGAUGAAACCAGAGGCCGAGCUGGAUGCAGCCAGUGUCCUUGGAAUGUUACCAGUUCAGAUUUUGUCAGGUUACCCAUACAAUAUUGAGGAGUGGGUGCCUAACCCCUGCCCAUAUCCCAGGUGGAUAUUCCCGUUUGGUGAUGUUGCAAGGCGCAAACGCUCUCGCUUCUAUUACCCUAAAUACUUCAACAACUUCGACAACAAUGAUGUCUAUAAUAUUUUCAAAGGAGUUGGAAUCAAAAUCGCUACCAAUUCUGAUGUGAAAGCACCUGUUGUUUGUCCUCAUUAUGAGCCAAUGUUUAUGAAGCUGUCGGGGAACCGUUUUAGUGGGAGUGCGAUGUCUUUGAGUGAACCUACUAUGGAAGAAAGUGGGUCUGUGAAUUUGGCCAAGCCAGAAAUGGGGCCAGAGAUGGUGCUUGCUCCAAAUGUGGAAAAACUUACUCCGAAGAUACGCAAAUUCUUUCCAGAAACCUGGAUAUGGGAUCUUAUACCUGUGGGUAAAUCAGGAUAUGUGGACCUUGCAAAGACUGUACCGGACACUAUCACUAAAUGGGCUGCAGGGGCUUUCUGCACAUCCCGUGUCGGGUUUGGAGUGGCCCCCAAGACUGAUCUCACUGCUUUCAAGCCCUUCUUUGUGAGCCUCACCCUCCCUUACUCUGUUAUUCGUGGGGAGACGUUCACUCUCAAAGCUACGGUGUUCAACUACCUCCCCAAAUGUAUCAUGGUGAAGGUCACGUUGGCAGACUCGCCACAGUUCACCGCUCAGCCAUGCAUAGGCUGCACUUACACUCAGUGUGUUUGUUCUGAAGAGAGCAAAACCUUCCAGUGGACUAUCGCACCCUCUGAACUGGAAAAGGUGAAUAUUACAGUGCGCGCUGGCGCGGUGCAGAGCCAAGUACUGUGUGACAAUGAAGUGGUGAUGUUGCCAGACAAAGGCAGAACUGAUACUGUGAUGCAGAGCGUUCUGGUGGAGGCAGAGGGAACCAAACAGUCAGUCACACAGAAUGAACUCGUCUGCUUAACAGACCAGCCACAGGAGAGAGCCGUCUCUCUCUCUCUGCCCACAGUCUUUGUCAAGGAUUCUGCCAAAAGCUUUGUCACUGUUCUAGGUGAUCUGAUGGGUCGUGCUCUGAAGAACAUCGGUGAUCUGUUGGCUAUGCCGUACGGCUGUGGAGAGCAGAACAUGCUGCAUUUUGCCCCCAAUAUCUACAUCCUUCAGUACCUGGAGAGCAGCGGGCAGCUCACUCCUGAGAUUAAAAACCAAGCCGUGACCUUCCUGGAGAGCGGCUACCAGAGAGAGUUGACAUACAAGCAUGAUGAUGGAUCUUACAGCGCUUUUGGGAGGAAUGAUCCUUCUGGGAACACCUGGUUAACCGCAUUUGUGAUGAAGUCUUUCAGUGGGUCACAGAAGUAUAUAUUUAUAGAUCAGACCAACAUCGAGCGGGCGAAGGAUUGGCUCGGUGGUCAACAGCAGAGCAACGGCUGCUUCGCCUCUGUGGGGAAACUCCUCAACAACAUGUUGAAGGGUGGUGUCAAUGACGAAGUCACUCUCUCUGCAUACAUCACUGCAGCGCUGCUGGAGUCAGGCAUUCUGAAAACUGAUCCCAUGGUGGCAAAAAGCCUUGCAUGUCUGAAGGAAUCUUCCGGUAACAUUAACAACACUUAUGUGACCGCCUUGCUGUCCUACACAUUCACUCUUGCUGGAGAUGAACAGAUGAGACAGAACCUCCUCUCCAAUCUGGACAAGCAGGCUAAGAGAGAAGGUGUGGGACGAUAUUGGACUCGGGCUAAUAAUGCACAACCGAUGGGGUCUGUGGAGGUAGAGAUGAGUGCCUACGUGUUGCUGGCGCUGCUCUCUGGACCCUCACUGCCUGGAUUUGGUCUGAACUACUCUGCUGGCAUCGUGCACUGGCUAAGCAAGCAGCAGAAUGCGUAUGGAGGCUUCUCCUCUACACAGGAUACUGUAGUAGCACUCCAGGCACUUGCUAAGUACAGUGCUGCCACCUACAAUCCAGAGGGAUCCGUUAGCGUAACCGUGACCUCCCCCUCAGGUCAGAGAAACCAGUUCACCGUGAACCAGGACAACAGGCUGCUUUACCAGGAGAGACAGCUGCAGGAAACUACUGGCACAUACAAGCUCAGGGCAGAAGGCAAAGGCUGUGUGUUUGUGCAGUUUGCCUUGCACUACAAUAUCCCGCCCCCUCCAGACUCUUUGGCCUUUAAAAUCAAAGCAGAUACUGGGGCUUGCAGCAACACACAGAACCCAGCUUUUACUUUAACCACAACUGUAAGGUAUAGCGGCACACGAGAGGAGACCAACAUGGUGAUCGUUAACAUCAGGCUCCUGUCUGGGUUCAAGCCGGAUGAGACGUCUCUGCAGACUCUGAGGGAAGACCCCACCAUCAAACGUGUGGAUCUGAAAGAGGAUCGUGUCUUUUUCUAUUUGGAUAGUUUGAAAAAGAAUGAGGAGAAGUCCAUCAGCCUGAAGCUUGUGCAGGACGUCCUGGUGCAGAACUUGAAACCAGCUGUAGUGACCGUCUAUGACUACUACAAGACCAAUGAACUGUCUAUGACCGACUACUCGUCCCCAUGUGUGUAAAAACCACUG